UACGCAGCCUACAGCCUGCGUGCGCAACUCCGCAUGAACAACACGAAGAGUUGUUCGUUUCUGCCUUAAUUAUUGCUGCCUGACUGUUUAGAAACAUUUUCUCAAUCCACAAAUGCUCCGAAAUGAGCGUCAGUAAGCCCGUGAAUUAAUUCAAAGUAUCUACACGAGAUAAUUUCAACAACUUUGCUGUUGACAAAGCUGAAAAGUAGGGUUAGCCUAGCAUGCUAGCGCAACAGUCGUUGUUUACCAAGGCAUUGGAUGCACGGCUGUCCCACCCCCAUUCAGCAGCUUUUCUGCAAGCUUCGACGUUUCUGCUCAAAUAAGUUUGCGUUUGACCAGAAGCAAAGCAAAUGGGAAUCAUUAACGCUAGUCACGUAGUUCUGUGAGUAAAAGACGGAUGCCCUGGACACGACGAUGGAGAUGGCUGUUAAGGGAAAGGCCAAAAGGAGGCACCUGAAUGCCGGAGAAUGUGAUGAACUUGCCCGAAGGACGGAGGGCACCAAUGCCCUCACCCAACCCCACACGGUCAACGGGCGAGGCACUCGCAGCGCCAACCGGGGGCUUUACCCCAGGACGCCCACCAAGCGACGGAAGUGUGCAUCUGCCUCAGGAAGUCCCUCUGGGCACCAGAAGGCCAUUGACAACUUCUUCUCUGUGACAAGAGUCAUCCGUUCAAGUCCACACAAAUUCCCUCAGCCCGGCUCGUCCACAUGCACAAAUGUACUCAAUGGAAACCGCUUUCCUGAAAAAGAGACGGGCGUCAUGACGGAGGAUGACGACGACGACGACGAUGUGAGCUUCUUGGCUCCCCCGUCGGCGCCAAACCCUGAAGAAGAAUGGGAGGAGGAGGUUGACAACGUAAGCCCUUUGGCUGCAGAGUCAAUGCCAAAGAACGAGCAUGGCGUGGAUCAUCUGGAGGGAAUGACAGCAGAGAUUUUUGGAGAUGAUGAUGAGUUUGUCCAAUGGGACAGAGAAAGUCACGACAUGGAAGAGGAGGUGGAGGCCCUGCCUGACGCCCACUACGGGCUCCUGGGUAGCAGGAAGGUCUUGCUUAAACCCGAGGGUUGCAUGGAUGAUCUUCCAGAGGAGGUGCUGAGGCAAAUACUGUGCCUCGUCACCGCCCAAGAGCUCUACCGCUGUGUCAGCCUGGUUUGCCAUCAUUGGAGGAACAUCGUCCAAGACACCAAGUUUGUCCCUUUCAAGAAACAAUACUUCCGCUACAUGAUGAGGGAGAAGGAAACCGUGCAGGAGAUCUGCUCCGUGCUGAGGAACAGCAGCAUCACAGAUCCGUCGUCAUCGCAGCACAGCAUACGGAGCCUUGUUGUGUUAAUGGCGCAGCAUGCAGUCGGCGAGCGGGUGAGGCCACAGGACGUUCUGGACUGUGUAAAGAAACACCGCCUUUUUCCUCAGGCCGAGGCCUCCAUCAGAUUACGCAUUCCUGAUAUUCAGAAGUUCUUCAACCUUAGCAUAAAUGGUCCCAACCCGUACGCAGCCAUGGCGGUCAUUCUGAUCCUGAGCGAGAGCGUGGGUGACGUACAGGCCUUGGUGUCUCUGCUCACCGGCUGCAUGUCGCAGACCGCCAUCACAGAGUACUUCAGUCACAUGGCCAUGAUGCUGCUCGCCGUGAAGAGGAACCACAUCAAGAUUAGUAGUCGGUUGCAUUACAACAUCUACUACACACUUCACUUGAUGGAUAAUGGCCCCUUUACCGUCGGCUCCGGGACGAGCGGGCGGCCUCAGGUUCAGCUCACAGGUGAACAGCAGCAGAUCCUCAGCCACGACGUCCAGAAGGACCACGUGAUCAAGAUUGUGGCCUUUGCAGGUACGGGGAAGACCACCACAUUGGUGAAGUACGCUGAGCAGCGGCCGCACCUCCGCUUCCUGUAUGUGGCCUUCAACAAGUCGGUGGCCAGUGAGGCGCAGCGCCGUUUCCCCAGAAAUGUGACCUGCAAGACCGUCCACUCGUUGGCCUUUGCCGACGUUGGGAGGAGAUACCAGUCCUGUCGGAAGCUCACCUUUGACCUGAAGCCGUUCGCAAUCAACUCUGUUCUGCCUGAGCACCGCGGCGGCUUCGCCAGGGCCAAAGUCGUCUCCACGACUCUCAGGACCUUCAUGGCUUCGCCGGACGAGAACCUCACCGUCGCACACGUCCCCUAUGUCCGCAUAAACAGGCACCGCGAGCGGGAGGCCAUAUUGGAGCCUGAAAGAAAGUUGUUUGCUGAUGAAGCGCUGACUAUCUGGAACAAGAUGAAGGAUCUCAAUGAAACCAAAGUGGACGCCUACCACAUGACCCACGACGGUUACCUGAAGUUAUGGCAGCUCCAAGUUCCAAAGCCCUGCUUGUCUCAGCAAUACGACGUGCUUUUUAUCGACGAGGCCCAAGACUGCACGCCAGUCAUCCUGGAUGUGUUUCUGGCGCAGAGCUGUGGGAAGAUCCUGGUCGGGGAUCCUCAUCAGCAGAUCUACACUUUCAGAGGAGCCGUCAACGCCCUCAACCUAAUCGACCACACACACAUCUUCUAUCUGACGCAGAGCUUUCGGUUCGGUGCCGAGAUCGCCUACGUGGGUGCUACCAUACUGAAAGAGUGCAAGAGAGUGGAGAAAAUUCUGGUGGGAGGAAAGCAGAAAGGCGGAGUGUGUGACGAGGCGGCAGACAACGUUCGGGCAGCCUUGAUGGAGGGUGUGAGUCUUUGCCCGGGGAAGACGGCCAUCUUGUCGAGAUGCAACGUCACUGUCUUCGGCGAAGCCGUCCGGCUCACGGAUUCCAACCCGCAGUGCCGCCUCCACUUCAUAGGAGGUGUCGGUGGAAUCGGCCUGAAUCGGAUCCUUGACAUCUGGAAGCUGUUGGAAGGGACAAAACGCGUCAGGGAUCCUUUGAUUCGCUGCUUUGCCAACAAACAGAAUGGUGUCUGGGCCUUCAGGAAGUACGUCCAACAGACCAAUGACUUGGAACUGGAGACCAAACUGAGCAUUGUUGAAAAAUACAGGAAGCGCAUCCCUGAGCUGGUAAAGCGCCUGGAAAUGUGCUUUGAAGAGGACAUUCACAAAGCAGACUUCAUUUUGGGAACCGUCCACAAGGCCAAAGGUCUGGAGUUCGACACUGUGAUGGUCACCGAUGACUUUGCCAAAGUCCCCUCUUCAAACCACAACCUGCACUUCAAUCCAGACUUCUCCUUCUCUAAGCUUGCAGACGAUGAGUGGAAUCUGCUGUAUGUGGCGGUGACUCGCGCUAGAACCUCGCUGAUCAUCACCAAGUCCAUCCGCCGCCUCCUCACAGUGGCCGGGGAAUACUUCCUGAAGUCGGAGAUGCCCCCCGGCACGCCGUUGGUGGGCGACCCGCUCCCGUGCUGCAUCUCCGAAUGCCCCAACUGCACCACGCCCGGCUCUGCGUUCAUCAUGAGCAAAACGCAGAUGAAAUGUUCGGACGGCGUGUCUGCCGGCGGGCCGCUGUGCGAGAGGUGCGUGUGGACCCGCAUCGGGUCGACAGCCUUCCUCAUGACGGACGACGUGCUCUCCAUGGCCGAAAUACCACGAGGACUCGUCCACCUGGACAACCGCAUGCUGCUGGGUCUUUUCUAGAGGCGCAAAGGGACGGCGCUGCGUGUUUACACCGAAACAGACUGAAAAUAUGUAUGUGUGUGUGUGUGAUAUCCAGUUCAGGAGCCUUUUUAUAAAGCCUACUGCUCCCAGUGACCAUCAGUCGGACUGAGGUUUCAUUGGAGAGCACUCUGUUAUUGUGUGUUUGAGUAUAUAAAACAAAAAUUGCAGGAUCGUGA